GAUCUUUGUUCUUAUUUUCAUCCUUCUAUCAUGUCUUCUUAGACCAAACUAUGUUCAUCGCCUGUCUUGUUCCUCUUCAAUUCCUAAUCUCUCCGAGUACAACCCGGAAAUAACUCGAUCGGUCGAUUUCAUCUCUCUCUCUCUCUCGAAUCCUUUAUUUAUACACAUAUAGAUAGUAUAGUUUUCCAUGGAAAUCUCAAGAACAAGCAACAACAGUUAUGAGAGUGCCAAAACUUGCCAAAGAGGUCACUGGAGACCUGCCGAGGACGACAAACUCCGGCGACUCGUGGAGCAAUUCGGACCCAAGAACUGGAAUUUCAUCGCUCAACAUCUCGAGGGACGAUCUGGGAAAAGCUGUAGGCUGAGAUGGUAUAAUCAACUAGAUCCAAACAUCAACAAGAAACCAUUCACCAAGGAAGAAGAGGAGAGACUGAUAAAGGCUCAUCGGAUUCAAGGGAACCGAUGGGCUUCAAUCGCGAGAUUGUUCCCCGGGAGGACGGAUAACGCUGUCAAGAACCAUUUCCACGUGAUCACGGCGAGACGAAAGCGCGAAAACUUCUCUUCCUACGCGUCCUCUAGUUUCAAGUGGGAUUGGCGAAGCAUGAAAACCUCUUCUAGCCAUAGCUAUGAUCUCCCUAGGGUUAGCAACUCGAACUUAGGAUUAUGGAGAUGCCAAGAUGACAAUAAACAAGGCCCGUGGCCUAAUUCUUGGGUGCAUACCGGUUCAACAAUCGCGUCUGAUUCAUCGUUGUUCUUCGAUGUUUCUGGGGCGAGGAAGGGUUAUAAUCACAAUCUUGUCAUUUUGGCACCGAGGAAUCAUCAUCUUGGAUCGUCGUCAGUCAACGAUUGUGGCCGUGGAAGUAAAGAAGAGAAUACAAAUCGUGAAGGAGAAGCCUAUGGAUCGAUUGGAGAAGAUGAUGAUGAUGAUGAUGAUGAGGGGAAGAACAAUGUUGCUUUCUUUGAUUUUCUUGGUGUUGGAUUAGUUUCUUAGAUUAGGAAUAUCAUCACUAAAUUACAAACGAGGGUUUUUAUCAUUAGGGUUAUGUUUCACUUUCAUCCUUUUUCCCAAUCUUCUG